CGCCCCUGGCUGGGGGCCCGGCGCCGGUCGCAGGCUCAGGAGGCGGCGGAGCCGAGCGGAGCCGAGAGCAGGGAGCGGUGUAGCGCGGCGCGGCGCGGGCGGCGGCGGGGCCGGACUGCGGCUGGGAUUCCAUGUGCGGUAGUCCUUGCCAGAAGAUUCCAGGCAAUAUGGCGAGCCUCUUGCGUGUGGUGGUCUCCAGCUGCUCCAAUCCUCUCUUUAGCAACGUGAUGUCGUGCAAGAUCCGGACUGUGAAGAUCCCAUGUUUGCGAACACUCCAAACCCACCAGGUACUUUGGUGUCAAGCACCCAUCAAGCCAGGAAUUCCAUACAAACAGUUGACUGUGGGUGUUCCCAAGGAGAUAUUCCAGAAUGAAAAGAGGGUGUCACUGUCUCCAGCUGGUGUUCAGGCCUUGGUUAAACAAGGUUUUAAUGUUGUGGUGGAGUCAGGUGCUGGGGAAGCUUCCAAGUUUUCCGAUGACCAUUAUAGGGAGGUGGGAGCAAAGAUCCAAGGGACCAAGGAAGUGCUGGCAUCUGAUUUAAUUGUCAAAGUGAGGGCACCUGUAGUUAAUCCUGACCUAGGCAUUCAUGAGGCAGAUCUUUUUAAGACAGCUGCUACUCUGAUUAGUUUCAUCUACCCAGCUCAAAACCCAGACCUACUGAAGAAGCUUGCAGAAAGAAAAACUACUGUUUUGGCCAUGGAUCAGGUUCCACGGGUCACUAUUGCUCAGGGAUAUGAUGCUCUUAGCUCCAUGGCUAACAUUGCUGGUUACAAGGCUGUUGUAUUGGCAGCAAAUAACUUUGGUCGAUUUUUCACUGGUCAGAUUACAGCUGCUGGUAAAGUUCCUCCAGCCAAGGUUCUAAUCAUUGGAGGAGGAGUUGCAGGGCUAGCUGCUGCAGGAGCAGCUAAGUCGAUGGGAGCAGUCGUUCGUGGGUUUGAUACCAGAGCUGCAGCUUUGGAGCAAUUUAAAUCUCUUGGUGCUGAGCCCUUGGAGGUAGACUUGAAGGAAUCUGGAGAGGGACAAGGCGGGUAUGCAAAGGAAAUGUCCAAGGAGUUUAUUGAAGCUGAAAUGCAGCUCUUUGCCAAACAGUGCCAGGAUGUUGAUAUCAUCAUUAGUACAGCUCUCAUUCCUGGUAAAAAAGCUCCUAUCUUGUUUCGUAAAGAUAUGGUUGAAUUAAUGAAGGAAGGUUCAGUUGUUGUGGAUUUAGCUGCAGAAGCAGGAGGAAACUUUGAAACCACAAAGCCGGGAGACCUUUAUAUUCACAAGGGGGUUACACACAUAGGCUACACAGAUCUUCCAAGCAGAAUGGCUACCCAGGCCAGUACUCUGUACUCCAACAACAUCAUCAAACUUUUGAAGGCCAUAAGCCCUGACAAAGAAAACUUCCACUAUGAUGUGAAGGAUGAAUUUGACUAUGGUACACUGGACCAUGUUAUUAGAGGAACUGUAGUAAUGAAGGAUGGCAGGCUGAUUUUUCCAGCACCUCCGCCAAAGAACAUUCCUCAAGCAGCCCCUGUGAAACAGAAGACUGUGGCUGAGCUGGAAGCUGAAAAAGCAUCCACUGUUACACCGUUCAGAAAAACUAUGACUUCAGCCACUGCAUACACUGCAGGUCUGGCUAGCUUGUUAGGUUUGGGCAUUGCAGCUCCUAAUUCUGCAUUCACUCAGAUGGUGACAACGUUUGGCUUAGCUGGAAUAGUAGGGUACCAUACAGUCUGGGGUGUGACUCCUGCUCUUCACUCUCCGCUCAUGUCUGUGACUAAUGCCAUCUCAGGAUUGACUGCAGUUGGUGGGCUGGUGCUGAUGGGUGGAAGCUACUUGCCUGAGAAUAUUCCUCAGGGUCUGGCAGUGCUUUCUGCCUUUGUGUCUUCUGUCAACAUUGCAGGUGGCUUCCUGGUUACGCAGAGAAUGUUGGAUAUGUUCAAACGUCCAACUGACCCUCCUGAGUAUAAUUACCUGUACUUCCUGCCUGCUGGUGUGUUUGUAGGGGGUUAUUCAGCAGCUCUGUAUGGUGGCUAUAACAUUGAACAGAUGAUGUAUCUGGGCUCAGGCUUGUGCUGUGUUGGUGCUUUGGCUGGUCUGUCCACCCAAGGAACUGCUCGCCUUGGUAAUACUUUGGGUAUGAUAGGUGUUGCUGGAGGUUUGGCGGCUACUCUGGGAGGCCUUACGCCGUCACCCGAACUGUUGGCUCAGAUGUCAGGUGCAAUGACCCUUGGUGGCACUAUAGGUUUAACAAUUGCUAAGCGCAUCCAGAUUUCUGACUUGCCUCAGCUGGUGGCUGCUUUCCACAGCUUGGUAGGUUUGGCAGCUGUGCUCACCUGUGUGGCAGAGUACAUGAUUGAGUAUCCCCAUUUUGAAACAGAUCCAGCUGCCAACCUCACCAAAAUCGUGGCCUAUUUGGGCACAUACAUUGGUGGUGUGACUUUCAGUGGUUCCCUUGUCGCAUAUGGAAAACUGCAAGGUAUCCUCAACUCUGCCCCACUCCUCUUGCCUGGUCGGCACUUACUCAAUGCUAGUUUACUGGCUGCCAGUGUUGGUGGAAUGGUUCCCUAUAUGAUAGAUCCUAGUUACACAACAGGACUUGCCUGUUUAGGCUCAGUAUCAACACUCUCUGCCAUCAUGGGCGUUACUUUAACAGCAGCUAUUGGAGGCGCAGACAUGCCUGUUGUUAUUACUGUACUGAACAGUUAUUCCGGGUGGGCUCUCUGUGCUGAGGGCUUCUUGCUCAACAACAACUUGCUGACCAUUGUUGGGGCUCUGAUUGGGUCCUCUGGUGCCAUCCUCUCUUACAUCAUGUGUGUGGCCAUGAACCGUUCUCUUGCUAAUGUGAUCCUGGGUGGCUAUGGUACCACUUCCACAGCUGGUGGAAAGCCAAUGGAAAUUACUGGCACUCACACAGAAAUCAACCUGGAGAAUGCUGUUGAAAUGAUAAAGGAGGCCAAUAACAUUAUCAUUACCCCAGGUUAUGGUCUCUGUGCAGCAAAAGCUCAAUACCCCAUAGCUGACUUAGUGAAAAUGUUGACAGAACAAGGGAAACAUGUCAGGUUUGGUAUUCACCCUGUGGCUGGCCGCAUGCCCGGUCAGUUAAAUGUGCUCCUUGCAGAAGCUGGCGUGCCAUAUGACAUUGUGCUGGAGAUGGAUGAAAUUAAUGAAGACUUCCCAGAAACUGAUCUGGUGCUUGUAAUUGGUGCUAAUGAUACAGUUAACUCAGCAGCUCAAGAAGAUCCUAACUCUAUCAUUGCUGGAAUGCCAGUUCUAGAGGUUUGGAAGUCUAAACAGGUCAUUGUGAUGAAGAGAUCUUUGGGUGUUGGUUAUGCAGCAGUGGACAAUCCUAUCUUCUACAAGCCCAACACUGCCAUGCUUUUGGGAGAUGCCAAGAAAACUUGUGAUGCCCUGCAGGCCAAAGUCAGGGAAUCCUACCAGAAGUAAAUGCUGUUUUGUCAUUCAUCAUCAUAGUUUUUCUCUGGCCAGUACGAACAACAGGGGUUUUUUUUGUUUAUCAGAGUAUAAAGGCAAAGUUACAAACAAGCUGAAACACAGGUGCACAGAUUAGCUUAUCAUUUGAUAUAAAAAACCCCCCUUCAUUAUGUGUAUAGAACAACAUGAAUUGUGUUUCUUUUGUGGGUUUCAUGGAUGUUGUGAAUCAGGGACACUAGGAAAAUGAGUCUCAUCUUUUGAUAAAAUCCAGUUCAGUUGUAUAUUUUUGUUCCUUCCAGUAAUCACUUAUGUAAUGCAAAAUGAAGUUCAGGGAUCUGUUCCAUUGAUGUCAUUAUGACAUGAGGGAAAUGUACCUGCAGUGGUCAAGUAAUUUUCUUCCCCAGUUCCUGCAAUUCAUUUUAAUCUUCAGCCCCUUCCAGUUGUUGCCCCUUAAACUGUUCUGGGAAAACUGUGACCCCCAAUUUUUUAGGGCUACAUUGGUUUGUAUACCUAGAUCUAAUUGCAGAAUCUUGAUCACUUACAGUGAUUUCAGAUUUGAUUAAUUUAUGACUUUUAAAAUUUUGCUACGUUAAAAUGUAUCUGAUACAUUAUUAAUCAACACUUUUGUGAUGCUGGGAAAAAAAAGCACUUUUUAACAUGUCUCAGAAACUGGAAAAGAGAUGCAAAUCAAGAGUUUAUCAGCAUUUUUUUUAAAUCAAUAAGCUAUCAUUUUGGGUAGUAUAGACCCACACAAGUUUAAAAUCAGUGUUUGGAUUAUUUGACUUCCCCAUAAUCUAAUUAAGAGUACUAUUUAAAUUCCCAUAGUAACUACAGUGAAGCAGUAAAUCAGUCCAUGGCAUAGAGUACUGUUUUAUUUUUAUUAUGUUAAGUGUACUUGAGUGGAACUCAAAUAUUUGCCUAAUAAAAUGAAUUUAUCAUGUUUGCAUAAUGAUGUAGCAACUGUCCAUUGUGACAAAGGCUAAAUACAAAUAGUUGUACUUGUGUUAGAAAGCAUUAACAUCUGGGGAAGACAAACUACUAUGAAGUAAGCUUGAAAUUAAUGUCUUGAUUGUUUAUAAAACUGAUUUUUUUAUUAAAAUAUGCAUUGGAAACUUGUAUAACUUAAUAGCAAUUAAGAAAUAUUACCACUUAGCUACCUCUGUUUUUAUGUAAGAAUUACAGAAAACCAUUUUUUCAACAGGUAGAAAAUCAAGAAAUGCAACAGUGUAUGGAAAAAAAAAAUUUUUUUGAAAUCCAUAUUUUCUAUAGCUCAAAAAUAAAAUUAGCACAUAAGCAUGAAUAUGUUGUUAUGCUGCAUAAAAAGUACUUGAUUCAGUAAAUUCUAAUUUAAAACAUUGGGGCAGCUAUGCUUGAAUAUAGUAAAUAUUGGUCUCUUAGUUUUGUAGUAGUGGUAGCUACAUUUCUAUUGGGUCUAUUCAAUAAAAAGAAAAGAAAAGGAGAAUGACCCCUGCAGGAAAAAGGGACCUAAAUGAGGCAGGGGCAGACCUUAUUAUCAAGGAACUUUAUUUUCUGGCCCAACUUUUGAUUGAAGUAGUAGUGGCUGCAAUAUCCAACUUAUUUCUGCUUUCAGGUAGCUAACUUGAGAUUCACCUUUUCUUAAAAAGCCUCUUCCUUUUUGUAUUUGCAGUGAGAAAUGCAAUUUAAGUGUCAGAGGUUGGACCAGUGUUAAUUUUAAAAAUGUAUUUUGUCAGGAAACAUCAGAGUAUUAAAACAAGCCAAUAAAAGUAUGUCUUUUUCCUUUUUAA